CUCAUUUCAAUUCCUAUCCAACCCAAAUAAUUUAAAAAUUAUUUUCAAAAACCUGAUUUUCAAAAACCUAAUCUGAAAUUAUUUGGUUGCUCCAGUGCUCACUGCUUCGAAUUCAUCUGAAAUCCCCUCUUCAUCUGCAUCCCCUCUUCAUCUGAAAUCCCGACAUCCCGUCUUCAUCUUCGUUCUUGCUGGCUACUAACUGCUGCUUGCAUCUUCGAAUUCAUCUUCAUCUGAAAUCCCCUCUUCAUCUUCAUUCCCUCUUCCUCUGAAAUCCCGACAUCCCGUCUUCAUCUUCGUUCUUGCUGGCUGCUCAUUGCUACUUGCAUCUUCAAAUUCAGACGCCAUACGGUGAGACGGCAGAGGCAGACUCCCGUCUUCUUCAAUCUUCACGCCGUCAUAUUGCUUCUUCUUCAUUUUCGCCGUUCUUCUUCUUCGCCAUUUUUCAAGGGAGCGUGAACCCUUAAUUCACCCCGUGGAAUUGUGUUAUGAUCCUACUGCCUAAUUCUAGCACUAAUGAAAACCUGACAACCAGUGCAACCAUUCCUAUCAAGUGUUUGAUUAUGGCCUUACGGUUAGGAGAACACAAUAAUAAGCAUAAUCAUAGGUCUUGGUUGAAUGUGGCCUCAAAAAACAUUACGAAGAAAAGUAAAAUUUCAAGUUCGCGGAUAUGUGUGAAAAAUCUGCCCAAAUUAUUAACUCUUGAUAGUGUCAAAGAUCACUUUUCUCGUAUGGGAGAGCUCACUGAUGCCAAGCUUCUUCGCACCAGAGAGGGAAGAAGCAGACUUGCAUUUAUUGGGUAUCGCACAGUGGAGGAAGCACAAGAAGCAAUUAGAUAUUUUAAUCAUUCUUAUUUCAAGAAUUCCAGAAUCACGUGUGAGGAUGCUUGGGAACUUGGUAAUGCCAGAAUUCCAAGGCCUUGGAGCUGGUAUACUAAGGAGAAAGAAAAGUUGAAUGAAAAGAAAAAUUUAGUAUCUAGUGGCCAAAUUAAAACGGGCAAGAAGAGUGCCUCCAAAACUAACGUGAUUGAUGAUCCCAAACUCUUAGAGUUUCUGCAUGUUAUGCAACCACAAAGUAAAUCGAAAUGCUGGAUGAAUGAUGAAUUGGCCCAUGAUAACAUGGAGAACCAUGAUAUUCAUGAAGGAAUUAGCUUGGAGAAGCAACAUAAUGAUGAUUUUUGUGUUAACUUAACAAAGUCUAGUAGCAUGCAAUACAGUCUACAAGAUGCGAAUGAUGUACAAGAAAGUUCUCGACUUUAUAUACACAAUCUUCCAUAUACUUCAAUUGAAGAUGAAGUGAAGGAGUUAUUUAAUCAUUUCGGGGAAGUCAAAGAGGUUGAUUUCAUCAUUGACAAAGAGUUAAAACGGUUCAAGGGUUAUGGCUAUGUUCUCUAUAGCACUCCAAAAGAAGCUGCUAGGGCACUGAAAAAUUUGGAUCAAACAAUUUUUCAUGGGAGAACAUUGCAUGUUAAGCCGGCGGAUCCAAAGGAUACUUCACGGCAAGUGGAAAACCAUAUAUCUAUGGGUAAAACAUAUAAACAGAAGAUUUUGGAAAAGAGAAAGGCAUCAGAAUCCGAUGGUCAUACUCAAGCAUGGAACAGUUUGUUUAUGCAUCCUGACACUAUUGUUGAGAAUAUUGCUAGAAAAUAUGAGGUCAGUAAAAGUGACUUGCUGGAUUGUGAAGCUGAUGAUCUUGCUGUACGUGUUGCUCUUGGAGAAACUGAAAUUAUUGCAGAUACUAAGAAGGCUUUAACAAAUGUUGGAGUAAAUGUGGCUUCCUUGGAGGAAUCCACUUCCAAAGGUGGAAAAAGAAGCAAUCAUGUUUUGCUAGUGAAGAAUUUGCCUUUCAGUUCGACUGAAAGUGAACUUUCUAAAUUGUUUGGAAGAUUUGGGAGUCUUGACAAGAUUAUUCUCCCUCCAACGAAGACAUUGGCCUUGGUUAUCUUUCUUGAACCAGCUGAAGCUCGUGUAGCAUUUAAUUCCCUACGGUAUAGCCGCUACAGGGAUUCUAUGUUGUAUUUGGAAUGGGCUCCCAACAAUAUUUUUGAUCAAGAUUCGAUACCUAAUGAGGACUUAACAUCGAAUAUGGGCGCUCAACAUCGAGAAUUUAUGAAGGCAGCAGUGGAUAAGCAAUUUGACGGGAUAACCCAAGACGAAAUUGUUGAGUCACGAACCCUUUAUGUCACAAAUCUCAAUUUUUCAACGACGGAUGAAUGUUUACGGAAACAUAUCAAAGAAAACAUGCAAGAAGGGAAGAUUAUAAGUGUCAGGAUUGUAAAGCGCCAAAAAAAGAGUAAAACUGUCUCAUCAGGCUAUGGAUUUGUGGAAUUUGAUUCUGUGGAGACAGCAAAUAAUGCUUGCAAAGCUUUACAGGGAACUGUUUUGGAUAAACAUGCCUUAAAUUUUCAGCAUCAUCACACUACAGAGAAAAAGGUUCUUAAGAAAGCUGAAACUGAUCGUAGUUUAACAAAGUUAAAAGUUGGAAAUGUUGCGUUUGAGGCAACAGAGAAGGACCUUAGACAACUCUUCAGUCCAUUUGGUCAGGUAAAAAGUUUGAGGCUUCCAAAAAGACCUGGGGGACACAGGGGGUUUGCAUUUGUCGAAUACGUCACCAAACAAGGAGCGGAGAAGGCUCUUAAAGCUCUUUCAAGCACCCAUUUGUAUGGGCGACACUUGGUUUUGGAAAGAGCAAAACUAGAGGAAACUUUGGAAGAACUUAGAGCAAGGACAACUGCUCAAUUCGUUGAUGGCAGGCAAAAGAUUCAUAGUCAAAUGGAAGUUAAAAAGAGGAGGUUUACAUCUCGUUCAAAUUAAGAUCAUUCAUUGAGUUUUGAACAUGAGUUCUUGUCUAAGUUAUUUAUUAUGAUAAGGUAAAUUACACAUGGAAACUUUAGUUCGGUUAAUGAAAGUAGAGCUCUGGUCUAAAAAUAAAGCAUAUUGAAAUUUUGAACUUUUUCAAUAUCUUAAAUGAGGUAACAUAAGCUUAAACUUAAACUUUUCUUCUUUACUAGGUAACUUAAAUCCUAAACAAUGCCAAGUUAUCAAAUGUCACUUGCCAUUUUCCACUCUUUAUACUUAGUAACUUAACCUUUUCUUUUACUUUUGUCAACCUUGUAUUCCAAUCUAGUAAAUGUGUCUUUGUAUAAAAGAGCAACUUAGCAACAUAUUUAAACAUGAAUUCCAAUUUAAUCUUACAAUUUAGUUGUAGUUUUUUAGUUAUAGAAAUUCUACAAUAAUUACAAGCAUCUUUAACCUUCUCAUACCUAUUUGGUGAUGAAGUGCAAAAGACGACUACACUUUGGACUUUUUUUAAUUGCACCACUAAUUGUUUCCAAAUCAUCUUGAACAGCCAAAUUCAAAAUAUGUGCAUAAAAUCUCAUAUGCAAAAAGAGCCCUAUAACAUAAGCUUAGAAGGUUGAAGUUUCUCAAGCAAAACAUCUACAACAUCAUUUGCAAUUGUCAAGAGUGAUGGUUAAAAUCUUUUAAUACAAAUUAAAAAUUUUCAAGCAUCCAACCAAGAUUUUGCUUAUUGUAUAAUUGUUUGGACAUGGCAAAUAAAGAAAUCUAAGUGGUCGCUUUGAUUGAGAACAAAUAUUUAAAGGGGUAAAUAAAGUCAAACUAAGAAAACAAAGUUAGUUAAAUAGAUGAUUAAAGAAAUUUUAUUGUUAGAGAAGUAGAAGAAUUAACUAGAAGGUAAUGAAAAAUGGAGACUAUAUCAUUUAGUUCCUUAUUUUGGGGUACAAAUUUACCCCAAGAGAGGGUAAGGGAAUUCUUUACCUCUAGAUGAAUGAAAUUAACCUCUUUUUUUAUUUAUCAUUUUUAAUUUACUCUCAUUCUACCUCUAUUACAAUUAUUUUAAUAACUUCAUUUGAAUCUAAUUACCUUGUUACAAUAGUUUGACCUUUUUUAUCCCCUUUAAUGAUUACUCUCAAUCCAAGCGACCCCUGAAUAACUUGUGAAAUUAAAUAAGUUUGCAGACCUAAUAAUACAAUAUAGCAUUUAAUUAAUGAUACAUCCUUGUUUAUAAUAUCAUUAAAUUGAAGGAUUUCUAUAUGGUAGGCACUAGCUUUUGCAAAAGGCAAGUGUAGCAAUUUUUAAAAUUAAAAUAGCACUCAACUAUUGAACAACAUUAUGGAGAGUAAAACGUUAAUUUUCCAUUAAGUAUGGAAAAUACCAUUAUACCCCUUUCCAUUUCAUUAAAACUUAGUAGUCACUUCCUCUUCCAUUCAACGCGUUCUUCCUCUGCUAUUCAACUGCUUUCUUUGCUAAAUCUGUCCGACCCAUUUUGAUACAUGCCAAUGUGAACUGAAACAAGAUGGAAAAACGUCAAACUUUAUAACAUAGAGCAGAGAGGUAGAACAAAAGCAAUUCUUGCAAUAGUGACAUUUUGCCCAUAUACAAACUUUUCACGUCUGGAGACAAAAAGCUCGAUUAUGCAACCAAAACAAAUCCCAGUUAAUUCUUUCUCAAUGAUGUUUCUAUCAACAUAUUAGGCACUGGACCACUAACAAAUACAAUUAGCUGAAAAUUUACUGACAAAUCAUGGCAGUGACUUGAACAAAAUUGCCCUUAUCCUCCCUCUUUUUGUACUGAGUACUGAGCACUUUACUUUUCUUCGUGAGGCGGGGGCUGGGGAAGGGGGAAGGGAGGGGCUACGAAAAUGCUAGCAAUCUAAAAUCAAAAUUAAUAUGCGUUUAGGCCUUGGCAAAACAUUACAGACAAACAGAGAUUUCCUGAAUUCAAUCAAAGAUGCUAGAAUUUACUUCACCAAAUGCACUAUCUAUGGAUAGAGAAUUUGUUUCAAUGAAAACCAAACUAUUGCAAUCUUACAUGCCAUAAUAACGUCUGCCAUGAUCCACCAUUGUGAUAUAACCAAGGGCUGUGAAAACAAGAAAUCCAAUCAUAUCACGAAAUAAUGGAGGAGGAAGAACAGUUGAUGGAAGAGGAAAGAGCUACUGAUUUUUAAUAAAAUGGAACAAGGGUCAAAUGGUAUUUUCCAUACUUAACGAAAAAUUAACGUUUUUCUCUCCAUAAUGUUACUGUAGUUAAUUGUUCAAUAGUUAAGUGCUAUUUUGUAGAAAAAAUUUUAAGAAUUGCUACCACUCGCCUUUUGCAGUAGUUGGUGCCUACCAUAUAUGUCAAGCAUAUAGAAUAUCCCUUAAAUUAAAGUAAAGGAAAGAAAGAUACCUGAUAAGUUGAUUCUGUAAAAUCUAAUCAUCAUCAAUAGCGUGUUGUCACAGCCAUGUACCCUUUUUUUUAUUGCUACAAGUCCACACAAAGCAAUCCUAGAUUUGUUCCAACUUUUUCGAACCUACGCCUUCCUUCAUUGUAAUCCCAAAAUAUAUUGGAUUUUACGGUGUUUCUUGAAAUCCGGAUUCAAACUGUACGAGUAUCUCCUAAAUCCAAUACAAUCAACUCAUGAUUCGCAAUCAUGCUAACGAACGUAUUUCUAGAAUAUUGUUGACUAACCUUGUAUUUGCUAUCAGUUGGUCAUCCCAAUUUAUAAGCACCAAGGAGGACUGGUGCCCUAAGGGCUAGGAGUCGUUGGGUAAUCUAAGCCCGCCCCGCACAAAGAGUAAGAUAAAGUCACAUAUCCAAUCACUACAACUAGCAUAGGUCACGAACCCUUUAUGUCACGAAUCUCAAAUUUUCAACGACGGAUGAAUGUUUAGGGAAACAUAUCAAAGAAAACAUGCAAGAAUGGACGAUUACAAGCGUCAGGAUUGUAAAGCGCCAAAAAAAGAGUAAAACUGUCUCAUCAGGCUAUGGAUUUGUGGAAUUUGAUUCUGUGGAGACAGCAAAUAAUGCUUGCAAAGCUUUACAGAGGCAUACGUUUAGAACGGGAGGGUAUGUUUCACUCAAAAAGUUUGAGGCUUCCCAAGUGACCUGGGGGACAUAGGAGGUUUGCAAAUGUCGAGUACGUCACCAAACAAGAAGCGGAGAAGGCUCUUAAAGCUCUUUCAAGCACCCAUUUAUAUGGGCGACACUUGAUUUUGGAAAGAGCGAAAUUAGAGGAAACUUUGGAAGAACUCAGAGCAAGGACAACUGCUCAAUUUGUUGAUGGUGGGCAAAAGAUUCAUAGUCAAAUGAAAGUUAAAAAGAGGAGGAGGUUUACAUCUGGUUCAAAUUAAGAUCAUUCAUUGAGUUUUGAACAUGAGUUGUCUAAUUUAUUUAUUAUGAUAAGGUAAAUACACAUGGAAACUUUUGUUCCAUUAAUGAAA